AAAUUAUUAUUUAAGAAUGUUAUAAUUUAUAUUAGAAAUUCUACAAAGCUGCUAUUCAAAACAAUCAUGACAUAGUUUUUUGACUCCUUGCACCUCCAAAUGCCUAUUAUCACCAUGAAGUCACUGUCGUCCAAUCCUCCGAACACUCGGAGUCUCGACAAGCUCCUAGAAGAGGCGGAGUUCUCCGGAGGAGUUCGUUUGAUGCAUCGAAGGCUGAAAGACAUAGGUCAAUUAGUGAUGAAAUAUGAUUUAGCGAAUGUCACGAACGUAGAUUUAUCUCACAAUCGGCUGUCCGAGGUUCCAUUGGAUAUAUUUGAAUGGCAGUGUGUUGAUGCUCUAACAAUAACGAACAAUUCAAUAAAAACUAUUUCUGAGGAUAUUCAGGAAUUAAGACUUCUUGAAACACUUGAUUUAAGUAAUAAUUGUUUGACUGUGCUUCCGCCACAACUAUGCGAAAUAAGAGGUUUAACAAUAAUACGAUUGAGUUGCAAUAAGUUAAUUUCUCUACCGGAAGAAAUCGGAAGUUUGAAAAAAUGCCAAGAACUUGACGUCAGUUCUAAUGAGCUAACUUCGAUACCUUCUGAGAUAGCAAAAAUGGAGAAUUUACUAUGUUUGAAUAUACGUAAAAACAGUAUUUUUGCGCUACCGGAAGAAAUAUCUACAAUGAAAAUAACACACUUAGAUGCCGGUUGUAAUUUAAUAACAUCGAUUCCAAUGUCGUUUCGGAAUAUGGUAACACUGCAAAAAUUUGUGUUGGAUCAUAACCCUCUUACGUCACCUCCAAUCCCAGUUUUAAUGAAAGGCAGAGUUCAUAUGCUGCGGGAACUGGAAAUUCAAGCAGAAAAAGCGCAGAUUAAGAAAGAUGUGAUGGAUGAUCCUCUCAUGAGUCCGAUGAAACGUCCAUCGAUUCCUCGCGCUGACGUUAACUUGCUGGAAAUGAAAGCGAGGGUGAUGUCCAUCACUGAAGAAGACAAUGGAAGAGAAGAGAGGUUUGUUGAAAAAGCUGCAGAAUUGUCUAAAGAUCGCAGAAAAGCGAGCGUUACAAAUGCAACCAGUCCUGAGAAGAAGCGUCCAAGUCCGAAAAAACGUGUCGACAAACCAGGGCCGAGAAAACAAAAAUCUGCUGAAAAUAUUCCAGUAUCACCUCCCUCACAAGAUACAAAACCGAAUCAUACUCUACCGAAAAACGUUAUUACAAAAGAAAGGAAACGUAGUGCGAGUAGCGGUAAUUUUGAAAGAAAGAGUUCAACUGAAGCGUUAUUAAUUCAUCAAAAAUUAUCCGGCUUUCCAGGAUACAAACCGAACAUUAUUAACGAAAAAACAGAUAUGCCUUCUGCGAACGGUAAAACUCCUGCGACGCAACAAAAAUUACAAGAAUUCGUAAAAAAUCGACAAGCGUUGAGCCCAACAGACCGUAACAAUCAAGUAGCCAAUAACAAAACAGUGAAUUCAAAAAAAGGAUUUUUGCCGUCCUCGAUAAAACCCAGGACAGCAUUAAACAGGAUGAGAGGAAAUUCAUUCAAUACAGGAGCAGAAAAAGAUGUUUCAUUUACGAUGCGUCGGAAAACAGAAAAACUUUACGAAGAGCUCGAAAUGAUCGAAACUUUGCGACAAAAUAUUGAAGCUAGACUCAAAAUCAGCCUUGGGGAUGAUCUUCCAUCAUCUUUAUCCGACGGCGUCGUUUUAUGUCAUCUAACCAAUCAUGCACGACCAAGAUCAAUAACCAGCAUACAUGUUCCGUCUCCCGCCGUCCCAAAACUCACUCUAGCGAAAAGAAGAAGAAAUAUAGACAAUUUUCUAGACGCUUGCGCUAAAGUUGGCGUUCCGAAGAUCCACAUUUGUUCCGCGCAAGAUAUUCUUUUGGAAAAAAAUAUUGGAAAAGUUGGCACGACAGUAAAUGAACUUUUGAAACUAUGCCCACAUCCUGCCCCCUCCCCAAAAAGACAGGUGGAGACACCCAGUGUUAAAGUGACGCCCUCUACAUUGACCAAACAGCAUAGCCAGGUUUGAUUUUUGUUAUUUUAUUUUCGGAUCAUGUACUUUUAUUUAUGUUUAUAGCCUUAAUUCAUUAUUAACGAGGAGGGGAAAUACCCUAUUUAUUUUAUUUAUAAUCGCAAAUUUAGAAAAAAAGAGCAAAACUUUGUUCUUCAUAACACUUAGCUCACCAAACUUAGAAAAAUGUUCAUAUCACAACGUCUUUGAAAUUUAAUGUUUCCAGUAAAGUAGUGGUAACCUAAAGUGAGAAAUAGCAGCAUAAACACCUUUACAUUAGGGUGAGAUUAUUCUGACUAGUCACACCUCUAUGAUUUUACUAGGCCUUUUCUUACUAGGAAUUUGGCCUCGCCUAACCUGAAAAUUGAGAUAGAAAGAUAUAGCAGCACAAACAACUCUUCAGUAGGGUAAGAUUAUUCUGACUAGUCAUGCCUCAAUGAUUUUAUUAGGGAUUAUGCUAUCCGGAAUUGAACGUAAGCCAGAAGAGAACCAAACCCAAGUUAUCUUCUUUAAAUACAGGGAAUAUGUGAUCUUUCUGCGACUUUAACAUCAAGGCUUAUAAAUAUGGUAGAUUUAUCAAAAUAACUAGGCUUGCAGCAAAACAAUCUGGUUGACAUUGCGAGUUAGUAAUUUUGGGUUGGAGCCCCAUGUGUGACACCUUACCCAGGUGGAAACUGUCGAAUGGUAAGAUUCUGUUCCAUCUAAAUGAUAGUGGCUUCUCUCUUAGCAAUGUAUUGUUCAGAUCCUAAUCCGGAGUGAAAGAUGUAUAAAACGUUGUAUAAGAAAAAAUUGAAAUAAUUCGAUUGGUAUAAUUCAAAAAAUUCCUUUUUUGAACGACCGUAGACGAAGUACAGGGUGUUGAAAUUCAUUAAUUCUAUCACCAAUUUAUUUGGGGUUCAUUUAUUUUUGGACACCUUGUAUGACAUUUAUGCAAGGGCAUGGAAUAUUUUAGGUUGAUACCAGAAAUGGAAAGUAAAAUUUAUAAUAUUAUGGUUAUUUUUGCCUUGCUCCAGCUCUAAAACCAGCUUUGGUCAUCCCUUUUCCCCAAAACUGUAAAUUUAGAUCUCUCAUUCCUUAUCAAAUAGAAUUUUUCAAAAUUUGAACAUUUGCCUUUUUGUCUCGACACUCCUGAGAAUUGAAUGUGAAAAUAAAAUAUGAGGUGUGAUUCUGAAAUAUCUUGCAUAUGGACUUCCUUAUUCCAAUUAUUUACUUUACAUAUUGAAUGACAUUCACAAUUUCAGCAUAACUCUAAUUCAAUAUUAUUAUAAGUUCAGUUGAGAUAAACAAGGAUUUGAAUCGGUUCUCUAUUUUAUACAGUUUUCAAAAUUAAAUGAGAGCUUUCAGUCAUAUUGUAAGACACAAAUGAUCCACAAAAUGACAAUUUUCCUAAUGGGAUUUCCAAUUCAUUAUAUUCGAUAUAGUAAAUUUUCGAAUUCAGGAAUAAUUCAGAACGAUUUUAUUUAAAAAUUAAGGAUUUAGACUCGUUAGACAAGUAGAUCAAAACAAUCAAUAUUUCAAUUGCUAACAAAUGACGCAGGAAAACAAUAUUAUAUAAAGGAUGGCUUUUUAGUCAAACUGUAAACUUGAUAAUGCUCAGUUUUGCAAAUGUAACUAUUUUAAAUUUUGCCUAAAAUUUCAAAUAUCCAAUAUAACAAAUCCCCCAGGACUGACAUGAUCGAUUCAAUUUUAAAAUCUUUAGUAAAUCAAAAUCCUAGGACAACCCUGCUGGAAUUCAAUUUAAUUUUAUCUGUUAGAAGCGUGAGAUGGCGUAGGAAGGACAGGAAGUAACUGUGGCUUGUUACAAUUACGUCAUAAUAAAUUCAGAGCUCGAAAUGACAUUUUUAUUACCACUUCCUGUAUUAGUAGGGUAAUGAGUUCAUAUGUUCUAUAUUAUUAGUAUAACUAGGAUAUUACUUUUGUUUCGUGCAUUCACUUUGAGUAAAGCCCUAGCCAUCAUUAAUGCUACAGUCUGCCCCAAAAAACUUCUCUAAUUACUUUAUGAAAAUAAAGAAAAUUUAUUUAACGCUUGAACUUCUGUUCAUGUAUUCUGAUUGCACCCAAAAGUUUAAGUAAUCUAUGACGCUUUGUACGAAAUUUAUGUCCUCUCUCUCGAAUACGUUCCAAAGGACCUGGGUUUUGUGUUUUUGGAUACCUUGUUUAUAAUUUUGAUAAUCGGACAGGGUGCUCAUUGAGUCCUAGAAUUUUUUUGGGGCUCCUGAAGUAUGCGAACCAAGAUGGCGGACAUCGGAAUGUAAUAUGUGUACUAGGUUAGGGUUAGGCCAUAAUUU